AUGCAUUCGCUGGUCAGGCUGUUCGAGGAGCAGCAAGAGAGCAUGGAGAAGAUCCUCAGCAAGUUUGGAGCUACUGGAGUCUCGGGGAUAUCCAAGGUAUGGAGGAUGAAGCACGUGCCAAGGGAGGACGGUAGAUGGCAGUGGAGGAGCAAGGGGACUUGUGAGGGUAAGGCUCAGGCAAAAUUCGACAAGCUCAAUGAAGAGCUCGUGGAGUGCAAGUGGAAAAUAAGGCGAGAGGCUCUUAAGCGAUACGAGGAGCUGCCGCAGGCUCAGCAAGGAGACUUUCAGUCAGCAUGGCACCGUCACACGACUAGCAUGGACCCUUACGGGUUGCUAGUGAACACGAUCAGAGAUCAAUACGAUGCCGAGAUGUGCUCGCAUGCAUGGGUGAAGAUGUUUCAUAUCAGCACAGCAUACCCGGAGUUGAUCAGUCCUUCAAACGUGGCUGUUGAGGGCACCUCCAACUCCCGACAGCUCUCCUCCUUGCAUGUCUGCGAGGCACCGGGAGGCUUCAUAGCAGCCCUCAACCAUCUCCUCAAGACCCGGCACAAAGACGUGACAUGGAGCUGGCGGGCGAACACACUGCGGAGCGAGGAGGAGGAGCAAGACCCAAUAGCGAAGAAGGUGGCUCGAGGAGAGGAUGCAGAUCUUAUCGACCAUACCCAAGAGCACUGGGACUUCGGGGCGGAUGGAACAGGGAAUGUGCUCAACAAGGACAACGUGAGGUUGAUAAGAGAGCGGACUCUCAGUACUCUAGGGAGGGUAAACCUCGUCACAGCAGACGGUAGCAUAGACUGCAGCACGAGGCCCGAGGCGCAGGAGCAGGAGGUGUUAGGCCUCAUCUACUCCGAGAUCGUCCUUGCCCUCGGGGUCCUCGCUCGCGGAGGAGGCUUCGUCAUCAAGCUCUUCACUUUCUACAAGCCUGAGACGCACUGCCUCCUCCUCCUCCUCUGCUCAUGCUUUGCCGAGGUCUCACUUGUGAAGCCCCCGGCAAGCAAGCAGGGCAACUCAGAGGUCUAUGCCGUGUGCAGGGGGUUCAGAGGCCUGCAGCAGGGGCAGGAGGAAGACGAAGAUCAGCUGCAGGAGCUCAUGGAAGGCGUCUGUCCCUCUCCCUUCCCACCGGACAAGCUCCUACUGCCUCCUUCCUGCUUCCCCGCCGAGUGGAUGGAAGAUGUGGUCUACCGAGCUUCUGAGAUGUUCUCGGCCCUUCAGAUGGCUGUGGUCAGCAGCAACGUCAAGGUCUGGGACUGCGGAGGAUGCUACGGGUUGGAUGCCUUCAAAGAUUAUCGCUUGUACAACAGGAGGAGAACGAGGCUGGCUGAUGCUCUCUGCAAGAGGAUGUUCUCCAGACAAGAUCAGCGACUUGUAAAACGCGACAGACUGUUAGGGAAGCGGUCAGAGAGGUCCGAGGAGGAGGCGACGACGCAACAACUCUUGGGCCUUCCAAUCAAAUUUGGCAGCAGCAAAGUUCGAAGAAGAACCUGA